AUGCUUCCCCAUAUCAUCCCACCGCCAACAUUUCCGCCUCAUCCACCUUGUGUCUUAACGCUCAGCUAUACCCCCGACUGUAUCCCGCCCCAGACCCUAUUGCGAAGGGGAGAAUAUGUCUUCGCUUUUGGUGGCGUCGGUACAAACGCAAGAUUGGGUUUCGGGCGUUGGUGCGAGCCAGCAUGCGUUCCGCAUCUACUUGAUUACUGCAUGCGCAAUGGGCCGGUUGCUCGUGGUCGGGCUGACGCUGCUGGUAGCGCUCAUUAUUCUUCCGACCAAGCGAUUCUCAAUCCAACCCAUCAGCAAACUCAGCUUGCGAAACUGGCCGGCACUGUCAUCGUUUGCGGCGGCUCGUUUUCGUCAAGGAAGACACAUCCCACCUACUGGCUGGCGCUGCUUUCCCUUGAGUAUUGA